GACUUAAAACAACCACCACCAAUUAUUGUAUGGAGUCCACAAGUUGGCCGGAAAUUUUACCAAGUAACCGGAUUCAAGCAAUUCAAGAGCUCACUCAAGGUCAAGAAUCGAUCAAUAUUCUUCAGGAGAUGCUUUGGUGGCCGAAAACCGACGUGUCAAAUUUCAUACAAGAAGAUGGUUUAGUGGUUCAAGUUUUAGGGAUGUUUGAGAAUGCACUCUCAAUUAUGAGCUCUUGUCCCUCUAACGAGGUCGUUCAACUUACGACCCGUGAUGUUGAUCAUUCCUUGUGUAGUUCGGAUGAGCAGAAAUCGAAAAGUUCCAAUGAGAACUUAGAGACUACAAAACCAGAGAAAAAUAAAAAGGGGUGUUAUAAAAGAAGGAAAAACGCAUGGACAUCUACACAAAUCGCUUCUAUUUUGGUUGAUGAUGGACAUGCAUGGAGAAAGUAUGGUCAAAAGACUAUUAUGAACUCCGAAUUUCAAAGGAGCUAUUACAGAUGUUCUUAUAAACAUGACCAAGGCUGCCAAGCAACCAAACAUGUCGAAAUGAUCCAAGACAGCCCACCAAAAUAUAAAACAACUUAUAUAGGAGAACAUACUUGCAAGAAUCUACUUAGAGCACCCGAGAUCAUUUUGGAUUUGCCGGAUCCUAGAGAAACCUCGGUCCUUCUUAGCUUCGACACCAAGGGGUUUGUAGGAAAGAAACAAGUAAUACCAAACUUUUCCUCCAUAAAACUUGAACCUAAAGAGCAGUUUCCUUCAAUUGGUAAUGUGAAACACCAUGACCCAUUUUCUUAUAAUAAGGAUCCAUCGUGUGAUCCGAACACUACUUAUGUUUCACAAAUACCAUUGAAUCUUGGGGAUAUAUCCUCGGAGGGAUAUUCGUAUAUGCCUAAUACUAAUACCUAUGGUUAUGAUCAUCCGAUGAACUAUGUGCUUCAAAGGAAUGACUUCAAAGAUUUUCCUGAUGAACUUCGUUUUUAAUUAGUACCUUAGGUUAUAUAUGUUUCACUUAAAUUUAUUUAUUCAAUUUAUUAUUUCAUUUUUUAUAG